CAACGUGCGAAAUUCAAAUUUUGAGCAACAAAACACUCAUCUGCUUUUCCACAUGCUCGUAUGAGUGGGUUUUUAACUCUUAUUUUACAACAUUGUGCGACGACUUUGAGAGAUAUCGAGAGAGUUUACAGUGAGCUGUGGAGAACUCGGGACGAUGCCAGUGGAAAGGACAGAGCUGCGUGGAGAGGAAGAACUUCACAAAUACUAUGAAGUUUAUGAGACUAUAGGCUCAGGUGGCUUUGCUAAAGUCAAACUUGGGCGGCACAAACAGACAGGAGAGAAGGUUGCCAUAAAGAUAAUGACCAAAAAAGACCUUGGGGAUGACCUACCUCGUGUGAAGCUGGAGAUUGACGCAAUGAAGCACUUAAGCCAUCAGCACGUCUGUCGCCUUUACCAAGUCAUUGAGACUUCCACCCAGAUUUUUAUGGUGAUUGAGUACUGUCCAGGCGGAGAGCUGUUUGACUACAUAAUUGCCAAAGACCGUCUUUCAGAGGAAGAAACCAGAGUGUUUUUCAGGCAGAUUGUGUCAGCCAUAGCCUAUGUUCACAGUCAAGGUUUUGCUCAUAGAGACCUUAAACCGGAAAACUUGUUGAUUGAUGGAGCUCACAACUUGAAACUUAUAGACUUUGGUCUGUGUGCCAGACCUAAGGGUGGUCUGGGCUAUGAGCUGAUGACGUGUUGUGGAAGUCCCGCUUACGCUGCUCCAGAACUCAUCCAGGGGAAAGCCUACAUUGGUUCAGAGGCCGACGUAUGGAGUAUGGGAGUGCUGCUGUUCGCUCUGCUCUGUGGGUACCUACCCUUUGAUGACGACAACUGUAUGGUGCUGUACAGAAAGAUCACACGAGGCAAAUAUGACAACCCUCAGUGGCUCUCACCUGGGAGCAUUAUCCUCCUGAACCAGAUGAUGCAGGUGGACCCCAAGCGUCGCCUUACUGUCAGACAGUUGUUGGAUCAUCCCUGGGUGUUAAAAGACUACAACAGCCCUGUUGAGUGGCACAGCAGGCUGCCGCUAGGCCAUAUUGAUGAGGACUGUAUCACUGAGAUGGCUGUCAACAUGAAGCGGUCAAGAGAAAGCACAACUGCACUGGUCAAGGAGUGGCGGUAUGACCACACCACAGCCACCUACCUGCUGCUGCUGUCAAAGAAGCAAAGGGGUAAGCCUGUCAGACUGCGCGCUGAACCAGUGCUCCGUGAGGACUCCUGCUCUCCAUUACACCAGGGACUCCAGACAAAAGAAUCUCUUCAGUUCAGUGAGGAUGAAGAUGGUAUUAUUGUUGGUUCUUUGGACUUUUGCUCUGAAUACUCGGACGAUUGCCCGUGGCUUACAGGCACACCAAAUACACCCCAAGGUGUAAAAGAGAGGCAGGAUAAAAUCCCAGGCAACAAAGCGAUGAGAAUGGCAUCUCCAGUGGUAGAGAGAUGUGCUUAUAGCCCAGUGCCAGAAAGGAGACGAGCUGCUGGGCGCCGCCCUGAGAGGCGGGAAAAGAACCAGGAGAAUAAAGAGAACACAGGGGACCGAGAUGCAGAGACAUUCUUGGUGCCUUCUCUUCAAACUCCUGUAUCCAGUAAAAAGAGCGGCCGACCCAACAAGAAUGUACUCACAACUCCCAAUGACAAUGUCAGCACCAAAACCUCAACAUCGCCAAGAGUUGGAGGUAGUGCCAGCAAAGAUCAGAAGAAAAAGAAGACAUUAGAGAAUGGUGAACCUGCAAAUAUAGAAAUAAUGGCCUUGAGCCCUGACAGAAGGUCUCGAUCUUUGGACAUGGCCGGCAGUGGAGAUAGUGGUAAGAAGAGAAAGGCGGGUAAAGUGUUUGGGUCCUUGGAAAGAGGCUUGGACAAAGUAAUCACCAUGCUCACUCCAAGCAAGAGGCGAGGUCCUCGAGACGCUCCACGCAAGAUCAAGGUGCAAUACAAUGUGACGCUGACUAAUCAGACAAAUCCAGAUCAGGUCUUGAAUCAGAUCUUGUCUGCUCUGCCAGAGAAAAAUGUCGACUUUACACAGAAAGGGUAUACAUUGAAGUGCCAGACAUGGGGUGAUUUUGGAAAGGUGACCAUGGCGUUUGAGUUGGAGGUGUGCUUUCUGCAGAAGCUUGAUGUCGUGGGAGUCCGGCGGCAGAGGCUUAAAGGAGACGCUUGGGUCUAUAAGCAUUUAGUGGAGGAUAUCCUUUCCACCUCCAGUAUUUAAGGGCCCAUAUUACGCUAUUUUCUGAUUUAUGUUAUAGUGUUGUUUACUCUUCAAAAACAUUUUCAUUCACACAUGUUUAACACACAAACCCUGCAUAUUUAGGCUGAGUUCUUCUCUCAAACAGGAAACGCUCUGUGCCAACUUGUGAUGUCAUAUGGUAAUACAGGAAGUGCUCCGCUGUGUUUUUAAACUACACUGGAAUUUACAAUCUCUACUGAACAAAAGGUAAACGGAGCUGUUAACUUGAAAACUACCACUUCAUGACAUCACAAGGUGGAACAGAGCAUUUUGAGCUUUGGAGAUGUAGACAGACUAAUAAUAAAGUGUUACUCAAACAUGUGUGAAUGAAACAAAACACAAGUCCAGGUCUGUUUUUGAGCUAACAGCAUUAUAACAUGGCUUAAAACUCACAAAAGUCAAUUCUGCGUAAUAUAACACCUUUUAAAAAAAACGCAGCUUUAUUUUACAUUUUUAAAUGCUCUUAAUGCACUACACUUGAACGCAUGUAAGCAGUGCAUGUCGGUCUGCUGUACAGUAGUUUUACAUGUUUUUUUUUAUUUUUUAUUUGGAUUCCACAUAAUUAAUAAGUGAAAUAGAUUCCUUGCAAAUUCUCCUGAGGUAAUGUGUGUAUGUAACAAGCUCGUUUCCUCUAGACCUUCCAGCUGCUUGUUACCAUAUUUAUGUCUAGAUGUUUAUUCUCCCCUCUAGGUGUGUGUAGCUGGAAUAACAUGAACACAGCAUUAUUAUUUAACUGCCAUUAUUUUUAUGUGCAUAUGUUUACAAAUUUCCAUUAUGUUUUACGUGUUUGUCUGUUGCCCGUGUUACUUUUUUAUCUUCUGUUUGUGUCUGUAAGUGGUCUGCUUACAAUUUGAAAACUGCAAAAUAAAUAGUUUGUGGUCUUU